AUGUCGGUAAGAAAUCGUACGGCAUCCGGUCCCGACAGAAUAAGACCUGAACACCUGAAGAACCUUCCGCCAGUGCUCAUCAACACCCCGGCGAGGCUCUUUACACGUUACCUGUCGGAGUGCAAGGUUCCUAUACAGUGGAAGACUAGCAAUACCGUGUUGUUGUAUAAAAAGGGAGAUCCACAUGACAUUGGCAACUGUCGCCCAAUCUGCUUACUGUCCGUCAUCUACAAGCUCUUUUCUAGAGUGAUCCUUAAUAGGAUUGAAAAAGUCUUGGAUGAAGGACAGCCUUGCGAGCGAGCAGGGUUUCGAAAAGGAUCCAGCACGAUUGAUCACAUUCAUACUUUCUCGAAACUCAUCGAGGUAUCACGAGAGUACAAGAUGCCGCUCUGUCUCACCUUCAUCGACUUGAAGAAGCCCUUCGACUCAGUUGAGACGGAUGCGGCCGUAGAAACCUUGGACAACCAAGGUGUCCCUACUCAGUACAUAAAGCUACUUCGUGAGUUGUGCAGUAACUUCACUACCGGAAUUUCGCCAUUCUACAAGAAUGUCAUCAUUGACGUGAAGAGGGGGUUCGGACAGGGUGAUACAAUCUCACCCAAAUUAUUCACAUCCACCAUCGAGAACGCAGUGCGAAAGUUGGGAUGGGACGACAUGAGGGUGAAGGACGUACCUGGCAUAAGCCAAGCGGAACGAGUGCUGACCGAAUUCGACGAAACAUGUGGACGCAUCGGUCUUCAGCUGAAUCUGCGAAAGACGAUGUUCAUGCGGAACGGAUGGGUCUCGGAUGCCCCAUUCACGCUCAACGGAGCGAACAUAUCCGAAUGCAACAGCUACGUUUAUCUGGGUCGGGAACGGAAAAUGAUGAACGACGUGACCCAUGAGCUGUGCAGGAGGAGACGAGUGGUUUGGGGAGCGUAUAACAGCAUCGAGGAUGUGGUGAAGAGGACCAGGAACAUCCGGCUCCGUGCUCACUUCUUCAACACCAACGUACUUCCUGCUUUGUCUUAUGCUUCGGAAACCUAG